UAAUGUUAGGUGAUUAAAAAAAAACCUUAAUAAUUGGAACAGUUGGUGUUGUAGCUUUGGCUGCUUGGAUAUGGUAAGUAUUUGAAAAGAAACAUAUACCUAAACUAACAUAAACUGUUAGUGAUGAGAAAUUAAUUAAGUUUAUAAAACAAUUAAGAGCUUAAUCAUUUCCACACUUUUUUUUAGUAUCAGACAUAAUCAAAUAAUAGAAAAUUCAAUAUAAAGAAGCAGAAUAUUAAGAAAUUCUAGUAAGAAUUAAAUAAGAAGUUGAACUUCUCUUUGAAAAGAAAUAAACUAUGAUUCUAUGCAAGUUAGAUCUAGAAAAAAAAGAAGUUGAAUAAAGUUUAUUGGUUACUUAAAAUGUAGAAGUCAAGAAUUUGUAUGAUUAAUUUUAAAAAUUAUAUGAAGAUGCACUUGAUGGCAUUUAACCAGAAAUAAAAUUAAAUGAUUAGACUUUAAGAAAAUUUAAUUAAGAGAAAUUACUUUAAAUGAUGGGUAAUGUAUUAGCUGUUUCUGUUGAUAUUAUUUGUUUGGCAACAGAGGAAUUAAUUAAUAGAUCAGAUUGUCCAGGUGAAUUUAAAUUGGAUUAACCAAUUGUUAUGAAAGCAUUGAUAAAAAAUGGUUUAAUUGAUAAAAAAUUAGAAUUGUUAUCUUCAUUUAAAAUAAAUGAAUAUGAAUAAGAGGAAUAAUGUCCAAUAGAAUUAUUUUCUAAAUUGAUUUAAUAUAACAAAUCAGAGAAUUCUAAAUUUAAAUAAUGUGUUGAAGACAUUGAAAAUUUAUAUGAGAAUAUCAUUCAAAAAAUAUUAAAAAAAGAAAUAGAUUCAGAAAGUGCAAGAAGUGCCUCAACUAAAAUAGAUAUAGAUGAAAUUAUAAAGAAACUUACAUGA